UACCCCACUAAACUAAAACCAAAACUUUUCAGAAAUGAUUUUUAACCCGGCCAACUCUUUCCUCCUAUCCUUGUUUCAUACUUGCUUAAAUAAUACUGAGUCCCUUUAACCGAUGCAGAAAAAUAAACAGGAUCCAUGCCGCACUACUUAGGUUCCCCACCUCAGAUAAUCUGAAAAAUCUGAUGAGAUUAACUAUGACAUAACGAAGAUGAUCAGAUCAGAUUAAAUUAAAUUAAAUUAAAUCAGAAUUAAAUUUAUAAUUAUAAUUAUAAUUAUGCCAAUUAAUUGGAAUUGGAAUUGGAAUUGGAAAUUAGUCUUACAAUCUUCUAUCUCUAUAGUAUCAGCAUUACUACUUAUUCAACAACUUCAUCAUGAAUUGAUCGUUGUACCGUCUCGAAGAAAUAAAAAGUCGAGUAAAGAUUUAACCCUUCUAUCACCUCGAACUCGAGGUAUAGAAUCUCAAAUUGGGAAUACUCCACUUAUUGAAAUUAAAUCAUUAUCAAAAAUUACUGGUUGUAAAAUAUAUGCAAAAUUAGAAUUAGCAAAUCCUGGUGGAAGUGCAAAAGAUCGAGUUGCUCUUGCAAUAAUUCGUCAUAAUGAACAAAUGGGUAAUUUAACACCUUAUCAUGGUGAUAUAAUAUUUGAAGGAACUUCUGGUUCUACUGGUAUUUCUUUUGCUAUACUUGCUAAUGCAUUAGGUUAUACUGCUCAUAUUUGUUUACCAGAUGAUACUUCUCCUGAAAAAUUAUCAUUACUUCGAGCUUUAGGUGCUGAAUUAGAACCAGUUAAACCUGCAUCAAUUGUUGAUCCUAAUCAAUAUACUAAUGCGGCAAGAAAGGGUUCUGAUCGUAUUAAUAAUGAUCCAGAAGAUCCAAGACAUGCUAUAUUUGCUGAUCAAUUUGAAAAUGAUUAUAAUUGGCGAAUUCAUUAUGAAACUACUGGUCCAGAAAUAUGGCAACAAAUGGAUGAAAAUGUAGAUGUAUUUAUUAAUGGAUCUGGCACAGGAGGUACUAUUGCUGGUGUAGGGAAAUAUUUACAUGAACAAAAUUCUCAAGUUAAAAUAAUUCUUGCUGAUCCUCAAGGAAGUGGAUUAGCUAAUAGAGUUAAUUAUGGAGUUAUGUAUGAUACUGUUGAAAAGGAAGGAACAAGAAGACGUCAUCAAGUUGAUACUUUGGUUGAAGGAAUAGGUUUAAAUAGAUUAACCUGGAACUUUAAACAAGCUGAACCUUAUCUUCAUGAAGCUAUACGAGUUAGUGAUGAUCAAGCAUUAAAGAUGGCUAAAUAUUUAUGUAUUAAUGAUGGAUUAUUUUGGGGUUCAUCAGCUGCAAUAAAUUGUGUAGCAGCUAUACAAACUGCCUUAAAAUAUGGACCUGGUCAAAGAAUCGUGGUUGUUGCUUGUGAUUCUGGCGCUAGACAUUUAUCUAAAUUUUGGAAACAAGCUAGUGAUAUUCCUAAUGAUAUUACUAUUAAUGAUAUUUUAGAAAAUUAGGUAUAAUAAUAUUACAUGGG